UUGACAGAGCCUUGCGCCCCCCCCAGGGGGGCGCGCCCCACUAUUUGAGAAACACUGCCCUAGCUCCUUGCAGUAAGUUAUUAAUUAUGGAUGAGAGGCAGAGAAGGUCACAAGGAUAUAAAUUGAAUUAUUCAGGACGGAUCUAAUAACAGAAUGACUGAGACUGGUCUGAGUUGUAAGAGGAUAUGAUUCUUUGACGAAGGCGAUACCCAAUUGUUGCCUCUUGUGCACACACAGUGUGUUCACGCUGCUGUUGAAUGUAGACAGUCAUUUACUUGGGACAUCUGCUGAAGUUGGCAGGAUUUGGACAUUUAUUAACAGCCAUGGAAAACUUUUGGAUGGACCGAGUUGAGAAGUUUGAAGAGGCCCAAGCCAGGCAGCAACAGACUCAUCACCGUGAUAUAAAAGAGUGCCCUGAUGCUGGCUCUACCUCUCUCAUUGGUGGUGAAUCAGAGAGCAGACUUAUUCUGCAAGAUGGCAGCUGUGAAUCAUCUCCCCACAGCAAAGACUCCAGGAGAAGUCUUGCAUCCUUACCAACAUAUGUUGAAGUCCCAGGCCCAUGUGACCCGGACGACCUUAUUGAUGGGAUCAUCUUUGCAGCAAACUACUUGGGUGACACUCAGAUGCUAUCAGUUAAGACUCCUACCAAGAACAUCCGCAUGAUGCAAGCGCAGGAGGCUGUCACCCGCAUCAAGGUGAAACACACUCAGCCAAUCCCAGGCCCAUGUGACCCGGACGACCUUAUUGGUGGGAUCAUCUUUGCAGCAAACUACUUGGGUGACACUCAGAUGCUAUCAGUUAAGACUCCUACCAAGAACAUCCGCAUGAUGCAAGCGCAGGAGGCUGUCACCCGCAUCAAGGCCCCUGAGGAUGGUGCCCCGGCAAUGACAGCGGUUGAUCUCUUCAUCUCCACUCAGAGAAUAAAAAUGCUCAAUGCAGAUUCCCAGGAGACAAUGAUGGACUAUCCUCUGCGCACCCUGUCCUACAUUGCAGACAUAGAGAAAAGUGUGGUUUUGAUGGCCAGAUGCCGAAUGCCUCCACCUGAUUCUCAAGAAACUGUCGACCUCUCAGACCCGGAAGCACACGGCCAGUACAAGAUGAUAUGUCAUGUGUUGGAAUCUGAGGAUGCCCAGCUCAUUGGCCAGUCCCUUGGGCAGGCCUUCAGUGUGGCUUACCAGGAGUUCUUGAGGGCCAACGGCAUUAACCCUAAGGACCUGACUCAUAAAGAAUACAGUGACCUGCUUAACACUCGGGGAAUGUACAAUGAUGACCUCAUCCACUUUUCUCGGUCGGAAAACUGCAAAGAAGUGUUGCUCGAGAAAACAAAAGGGGAGAUUCUUGGUGUGGUCAUUGUGGAGAGUGGGUGGGGCUCCAUCCUGCCAACAGCCAUCAUUGCCAACAUGAUGCAUGCUGGACCAGCAGAGAGGUCUGGCAGGCUGAACAUAGGUGAUCAGAUCAUGUCCAUUAACGGUACCAGUCUGGUGUGUCUUCCAUUGUCCACUUGUCAGAGUAUCAUCAAGGGUCUUAAACAACAGUCAAGGAUCAAGAUGAACAUAGUGAGAUGUCCUCCAGUGACAACAGUACUCAUCAGACGUCCAGACCUCCGCUACCAAAUGGGUUUCAGUGUCCAGAAUGGCACUAUCUGUAGUCUUAUGCGUGGUGGGAUUGCUGAAAGGGGUGGAGUGAGAGUUGGUCACCGCAUCAUUGAGAUUAACAGCCAAAGUGUGGUUGCCACACCCCAUGAAAAAAUUGUUCGUCUGCUGUCCACUGCUGUGGGAGAGAUCCACAUGAAGACAAUGCCUGCAGCCAUGUACCGCCUGCUGACCGCCCAGGAGCAGCCAGUUUACAUUUAAAUAAAUGAUUACUUUCUGACCCAAGAUCCUUUGAAUUUCUACUGUAACUUUCCUGUCUCCCUCUCUACUCUGACCGGCAUAUAUUCUCUAAAGCAGCGGUCCUCAACCUUUUUUGCUCCGUUUAAUGUCAGACAAUAUUUUCAGGGAGCGGCCUUUAACAUAUAUAAUUCAUAACUUUAACAUAUAACGAAUAACUGUAACAAAAUAAUAUGAUAUUACCUGCAUGAAAACUGUGAUAUUUUCUAAACAUAAUAAUAAAUACGAAUCAUGACACGAGGAACGUCCUUUCUGGCCACAACGCUCUCCAGUCGCUGUGGUAAUGUUUAA